AUGCAAGUUUGGAAAGGAACUUCAUUUAAUAAGAAAUUAGCUUAUAGAUGUAUGGAUGCAAAUACAAAGCAAAGACCAUCAAGCCCUGAGUUGAUGAAUAUAUUUAAUUAUUGGUAUGGUUCUAUUGUUGAAUAUGAGAAUUAUAAAGAUAUUAAUGAAUAUGAAUAUUAUGGAAAAGAAAUAAAAGAAGUAUUUGAAGAGGCAGAUAAAGAGAUAGCGAAUCGUAACCGUAAAUUUUAG